UGCCAGCCAGCAUCGUCGUCACAAACCCCCAAGGGACCACACGUAUACCGAGUUCUCGACUCUUCAGCAUCGCCAUUCUACAAAGAACUAUCACAGCUGCCUCGGAACAGUCAAGAUGUCGGGCGGCUCAGCAUACGACCGACACAUCACGAUCUUCUCCGAACAGGGAAGAUUGUACCAAGUUGAAUAUGCCUUCAAGGCCAUCACAGCUGCGAACAUCAUGUCCAUAGGUGUUAGGGGCAAGGACUGCGCCGUGGUCCUGUCCCAGAAGAAGGUGCCCGAUAAGCUGAUCGACCCUUCCUCUGUCUCGCACAUCUUCCAGCUCUCUCCUUCCGUUGGCUGCGUGAUGACUGGAUCCAUCGCCGACGCUCGCGCAUUCUCCCAGCGCGCGCAGUCCGAAGCCGCCGAGUUUCGGUACAAAUACGGUUACGAGAUGCCUUGCGAUGCCCUGGCCAAGCGUCUGGCCAACAUCAGCCAGGUCUAUACUCAGCGCGCAUACAUGCGACCAUACGGCGUUGCAACGACGCUCAUUUCUGUCGACUCUGAAUUCGGUCCGCAGCUGUUCAAGACCGACCCCGCCGGAUACUACAUUGGCUACAAGGGCACCGCUGCGGGGCCCAAGCAGCAGGAGGCGCUGAACCACCUCGAAAAGAAGCUGCGCAACAAGGAGCAUGCCGAGGGUGACUGGACCGAGGUCGUCGAGCUCGCGAUCACCACUCUCAGCACGAUUCUGAGCAUGGAUUUCAAGAAGGGCGAGAUCGAGAUUGGCAUUGUGGGCGGACCCCGUGCGGAUGGCAAGGAGGGCACGAGUACCGCGUUCAGGACCCUGACCGAGGACGAGAUCGACGAGCGUCUACAGGCGAUUGCUGAGAAGGACUGAUAUCGCCACACGAGUCGGUCAUGAGAGAGCUGAGAUUUCAUGAGGCGCGCGCCCGGGUUUGCCGCUGAGAAAGCGGACAGAUUGGGUGGGAUGGACUGGUUUGAUGGACACGACGUGAGCAACAAGCAACGACCCAGCGCAACACGCCCACACAAAGACUCCAGCCAGGACCACAUCACGCCUGGCGGCUGUGACGACCUGAAAGCGUCGCAGCAUGUUGUACUACUAGUUGUCUGACAGGCGUUAUAGAAGUCAAGAUCCUCG